UGUUUAUGUUCAUGAGAACCGAUACUUCCUUCCGCUAACAACACGUGAAGAUGGGAAAAUUCAAUGUCAAGUCUUCAACAACCUUGAAAUGAAAGAACUGUGACAUAAGACAUUAUGGAGCCAUUACCUCUGACAGAGGAGGGGAAACCCAAAGAAAGAAGCAUCUACAGACUGAAGCAUAUCGAUGACGUUCCUGAAGGGGCGGUCCGGAUGACCAAAGAUGAAGUCCUCAUGCAUCACAUGAAGAUCAUCAGAAAAUGGGACAAGCCACUAGAAGUAUGGCCACUGCGACACGGCACCGCUUUAGCCAGCGCCACCGCAGCAGCAGGAGGAUGGAUCAUCAACGCCCACUACAGACAGAAGUUCCAGUUGCGGAACUUCGGUAGAAUGGCCAGUUAUAUCCCUGCCGUCUGCCUUCCAGCCAUGAUGACAGCGUUUUUCCAUCAGUUUUAUAUUCAAAACAAUAUUCUUGUCGGCAAUUACGACUGCACUGUUUGCAUGGAGACAAGAUCAGGGGCAGUUAACUCUAUGUUAGGCGGACUUUAUCCCUUGCUUCUCGCCCCUGUUUCCUGUAUCAUCCUGGCGAGGAAAUACUACACGGUCCCCGUCCCGAAGAUCACGGAGCCCACUUUGAUACUGAACCUGGUGAGGAGGACGUCACCAAUGGUGGGCGGGCUGUUUCUACUUGUGGCUGGACAGUUUGCAUUUGGGAUGCUUUUAGCGGAGAGAGAAAUAACAAAGUUUCAAAAUGUUCUCGUGAAGACGUCGGGUAAUUUACGUGAUGAUGAGGAUAAGUAUGAUUAGAUGAGUGUGAGAGUGAUUGCAAUAAACAGGUUUUACAAAGUCA